AAAAAGAAGGCACAAAAGGAAACACGUCAACCACUCUCGUGCACAAGAUGCCGUGAACGCAAAAUCAAAUGUGAUCGGACAAAGCCGUGUAUCUCUUGUUGUGCUCGUGGCGUGCCGAAAGAAUGCCACUUCGUUAUCGCGGAGGGCAGUACUUACGAGCCUGUCUUGCAGUCUCACGAGCUCCGCAAGCUUCGUGCUGAGAACCUGCGUCUCAAGGAACGACUGCGGGCUGCAAAGCAGUCAGGAGAUGGCGAACAACAAGAUGCCCCUUCCCCAAGCCAGCCAUUGGGCGACAGGCUAGGUGCGAGGGCGAAGAGGCCCUCAGUGAAGCAGAAGCGUUUUAAAGACAACAAGGCCGACAGUCUGUAUUUUGGUAGUCCUGGGCUUGCCAGCAUCGUCAAUGAUUUUGCAAGCCUUCAUGUGGGAUCUCACUCCCUCAGUCACUCUAUGCCGAGAGGUGCAGACAUGUAUGCUUCUCAAAAUACGCCGGCAUACCCUUUCGCCACGAUGUGGCUAGCCGUGCCUAGACCCCAAGUUGACGGGGGAAUUCAUGCGUUGCUGCACUGCUUGCCUCCCAAGGAGGACCUCUUUCGAUACUUGGAUGCUUUUCAGAACCGCGCUCAGAGUUGCUCGUUCCCUCAUGUGCCCGAUGAAGUCACCGGGACCGAGAUCGAGAGAUUUCUUUCGGACACACGAACCAAUGCCGAGAUGUUCCCCGAUAUGCUCGCCUUGAUAUUUGCCGCCCUGGCUCUGGGAUCUCAGAACGGAGUGUUUGAUAAGUGUAAUGGGAAAUGGGUAGCAGGUGCUAUGGAAACUGAACAAAAGAACUUUGGGGACAUUUAUAUUGCUGCAGCCAUGCAGGCACUCCGCAUGGCCUCUUUCAUGAAUCGGCCAACGCUGCUUGGCAUACAAACACUCAUCAUGAUCGGGCCGUAUCUGACCAACAGUGGCCGCUUUCUCGAUGCUUGGACGCUAUUUGGCACCACAAUCCGUCUCGCUCACUCAAUUGGCCUCCACCGAAACCCGAAAUACCUCGACCCUGCUCCCCCUCUCAAGGAAUGUGGAAUAAGGCAGAAGGUCUGGUGGUGGAUGCUUCACAUGGACCAGCAGUACUCCAUGACCCUCGGACGUCCACUGGGGAUCAGUGGCAUCGGAGACUGUCCUCCCGCAGAACCACUGACUACUAACCCCACUAUCCUGCGUCUGAGCGAGUACAUAAAUCAAUUCACUGUUCUCGCUAGACAGAUCCUCAGCAGCGAUCGAUUGACUGUUACGAAAAUCGAUUGGUUCACAGAUAGACUACUCGCGCUAUGGGAUACGAUGCCAGAGAUGCUACAAUUCGAUGAGACCUGGCUGGAGAAGGGCAAGCAGAUUCCGGAGUGGCCACUUGAUGCCAUGGCUGCCGCUGCGCUGCUAUGCUGGACUAUGGGCCAACAAGCUUUCAACAGCUGCAUGAUUCUACUCACUGAUGCCCUCGAAACGGGGGCCUUGGCCCAUGUGCCACAGGUCGAGCGUGCAUACGCUGUCUUCGUGGAGCUCGAAAAACUGGGCAUACACAAGCUGGCAGGACUCGCAGUUGAAAGAGUGAGCUGGGGCUUAGCAGAACUGGGGAAGAGGCAAAUACAACAAAGAGCAGAGUCUAGUCGGGGAGCUACAAUGGGGGAGGCAAGUGGAAGUGGUGCUGCCGAGGGUAGCAGACAGCGAGUUCUCGAUGUACCGGAACACAGUCCUUCGGACACGGUGAUGGGCAAUACGGGCAUGUAUCUUCUUGAAGACCCAGGCCUGCAGUCUUUCUCGCCCGAGAGCUUCCAGCCUUUGGGAUGGGAAAUG